AUGACCCUGAAAUUUCAAACGAAGACACUUAAGCAACAAUUCGAUACUUUGCUUCUUCAGCCCUUUCGAGACAUGAGAAAAUACAACUGCAACAACUCACUGUUGGUGAUUGUGAUAGACGCCCUCGACGAAUGCGAUCAAGAUGAUGAUAUUCAAGUCUUGUUGCAGCUGCUUCCCAAGCUACAACAGGCAGUGAGUCUCCGGGUGUUCUUGACGAGUAGGCCUGAACUCCCCAUUCGCCUUGGAUUUUCGGAGAUGUCAGAGCAAGCGCAUCAGGACUUUGCCCUCCAUCAGAUUCCCAAAGAAAUGAUCACACACGACAUAUCCCUUUUCUUGAAUCAUCGGCUUGUCAAGAUCAGGAAGAUUCAAGGACUAUCCAAAGACUGGCCUGGAUCCCACAAUAUCCAUGCUCUUGUUGCGCUGUCUGUCCCACUAUUUAUUUUCAUCGCUACUGUAUGCCGCAUUUUUGAGGACCCUCGUUGGGAUCCAGACGAGAGCUUUGCCGAUAUUCUUGAGCAUCGAAGUGAAGGAUCCCAAAUUGGAGGAGCUUAUCUCCCAGUUUUGAAUAUGCUUUUCAGAGAGCUGAACGAGAGGCAGACACAACGUCUAAAAGAAGAAUAUCAGAAAAUCCUUGGUGCGAUUGUGAUCCUUGAGAGCCCAUUAUCAAUUUGCUCUCUUUCAAAACUUAUUGGCCUCUCUGAAAGGCUGAUUGGUCUUCGUCUGAAGCUAUUGCACUCUGUUUUGAACGUCCCGCAGGAUAACAAUUUACCAGUGCGGAUGUUUCACAUCUCAUUUCGGGAUUUCCUCCUCAACCCGGACUCUCAGGAGGAAAUCCCAAUCCGAAUAAAUGAAAAAGAACUGCAUAGCCGACUGGCCACGCGAUGUCUUCUGUUGUGCCGAAAUCUGAAGAGAAAUGUGUGUGGGCUAAUGAGCGAUGGAACACUGCGAGAGGAGAUUGACCUCCAGACUAUUGAGCAUUGUGUCCCUUCAGAAAUGCAAUACUCCUGCCGCUAUUGGGCACAUCACCUGAUACAAAGCCAAGAUCCUCUGUCUCACCUGGAAGAUGCUUUUAUCUUUCUUCAAAAUCAUUUUCUACACUGGGUGGAAGCAAUGAGCAUCAUAGGUCUAGCGUCUGAAGUUGUGAGGACCAUUGAUUUAUUACAAUCAAUCAAGCAAAUAGACGAUGAGAAUCACGAAUUGUUUGCUUUUCUUUAUGAUGCAAAACGAUUCGUUCUGAAAUUCAGACUCGUUGCUGAUCUGGCUCCCUUGCAAAUCUAUUGUUCGGGACUGUUGUUCGCCUCUAGGACCUCCGUCAUACGAAGUCAUUUUAAACAGGAGCUUCCUGGGUGGAUACUGAGAGUACCAGAUGCUGAAGAAGACUGGGGGAAAACUUUACAAACAUUUGAAGGUCAUUCAGAUGGAAUUACAUCUUUAGCAUUCCGCUUUGACAGCCAGCUUCUGGCUUCUGCCUCGGUCGAUCACACUAUAAAGCUAUGGGAUAUCACCACAGGGGCCUUACUCCAUACUCUGAGGGGCCAUUCAGCCGGAGUCUCAUCUGUUGCAUUCUGUGCUCACGACUCCCAUAUUCUGGCGUCUGGCUCGUACGACAUGACGGUUCGGCUCUGGGACACUGUGACCGGUGAUGUACAGCAGGUUUAUUCAGACCAUACAGAUGGGGUUACGACUUUAGCUGUGUCUCCAAACGGCAAAGUUCUUGCGUCUGGUUCAUUUGAUAGAACUGUCAGGCUAAGAGAUAGAACCACUGGUGCGAUCAUCCAGCCGGUACUCAAAGGACAUACUCGCUCUAUAUUCUCAGUGGCAUUCUCUGCAACUGGACAACUUAUAGCGUCUGGCUCCAGGGAUAGAACAAUUCGUCUCUGGAAUGCUGCCACGGGUGCUCUGAGCUAUAUUCUAUCAGGUCAUUCAGGGCUUAUUUAUUCUGUAAAGUUUUCACCAAAAGACCCACUUCUUGCGUCCAGUUCCGAAGACGGGACAGUCCGACUCUGGAAUACCGAUACAGGCGCUCUACUGCAGACUUUGCAAGGAGAUUCGGAUCUUCAUCCAGUCUUGGCUGUGGAUUUUUGUCCUGAUGGGCGGCUUUUAGCGUCCGGCUCGGAGAACAAGACCGUCGAGGUGAGAGGUACUGUGACAAAAUCCUUGAAUCACAUUUUCAGGGAUCAUUCGGGCAUAGUCCGAUCUGUGGAAUUCUCUCCCGAUGGCAAAAUCCUAGCAUCUGGGUCCUGGGAUCAUACAGUCCGGCUCUGGGAUUUUUCUACACAUGCCUCGUCAGUGACUGUCGAUGCUCACUCAGACUGGGUUUGGUCUGUGGUACUAUCUCCUGAUAACCAGCUCCUAGCUUCGGCCUCGUGGGAUCGCACUAUAAAGCUGUGGGGUUCCUCUUUAUGUCAUCUACAAAGAACGCUCAAAGGCCACAAGGAUGCGGUUCUGGGGAUAGCAUUUUCCCCCGAUGGCCGACUUCUUGCAUCCGCAUCCCGUGAUGAAAGCAUUAGGGUUUGGGAUCUUAUUACAGGGAAGGAAAACUUGAUAUUGAUGGGUCAUUCUGAUCCAGUCUACUGUGUAGGUUUUUCUCCUGAUAGUCAGACGUUGGCCUCUGGCUCGAGUGAUGACACGGUCCGAUUAUGGGAUGCCACCACCGGCUCCCUACGGCAGACUUUGUGCGGACAUUCAAGAUCAAUUCACUCUGUCGUAUUCUCUCCCAAUGGCGUGAUGCUAGCAUCCAGCUCAAGUGAUCACACUAUCCACCUAUGGGACACUGCCACGGGUAUCCUGCGUCAAAAGCUUGAGCGUUGUUCCUAUACAGUUCUAUCCAUGAUAUUCUCUCCGGAUGUUCAAUUCUUAGCGGCUGUUUCUAGCAACCAGACCAUCAAUCUGUGGGAUAUCCCGACAGCGGCCUUACGGCGUACUUGGAGCAUGGACAGGGAGGUGACUGUGUUGCACUUUUCGGACGAUUGUUUAAAGCUCAACACCGACCUCGGAUCCCUCAGUCUGCAGUCCCUCGGUGAUACCCAUACGUGCACCUCAUAUCAGGUCACUGAGGGUGUAUCGGUCUUGGAAAAUACAUGGAUCACCCUCAACGGGGAAAGAAUUCUGUGGCUUCCUCCCGAGUAUCGGCCUGUAUGCUCGGUUGUUCACCGUGAUAAUAUUAUCCUGGGGCAUGCUUCGGGUCGGAUUUCAUUUCUUGGGUUCUCGGCCAUUUCUGAAAGUUCGAUAACAACCGACACUAGGCCUCUACAAGGUGACAAACCUUGGAAAAGUUUCGUAUAG